AAGAGAAGUUCAUCCCUGCAAAUGACUCGCUGGGAGACAGGCACAGGCAAGAUCAUGGCGUCCCUGCGGCCCCCAGCCGACCCCAGCCUCAGGCAGACGUUUGGGCUCAUUCUCGUCUUCUCCAUACUCCUGCAGGUAGUCCUGCAGGCUUUCUCUGUGGCUGUGACAUACAUAUACUUCUCCAAUGAGCUGAAGCAGAUGCAGGAGAAGUACUCCGAAAGUAUCACGGCUUGCUUUUUAGAGGAAGCUGUCCCUUGGAGCUCCGGCAAUGAAGGAGCAAUGAACAGUCCAUGCUGGCUGGUAAAGCAGCGACUGGAGCACUUUACUAGAAAGAUGGUUUUGAGAACCUUUGAGGAAACCACUCCUGCAAUUCAAGAAAAGCAAUACGGCUCUCCCUCUUUAAUGAGAGAACGAGGACCUCAGAAAGUGGCGGCUCACAUCACCGGGACUUUUCGGAGAAGCAGUGUGCUCUCAGUGCCACACUCCAAGAAUGACACGACCUUGGGUCAGAAGAUAAAGUCCUGGGAAUCAUCAAGAAAGGGUCAUUCCUUCCUAAGCAAUUUACACCUGAGGAAUGGAGAGCUGAUCAUCCACAAAGCAGGCCUCUAUUACAUCUAUUCCCAAGUGUACUUCCGAUUUCAAGAACUGGAAGAAUCUCCCAAAACAGGUUCUAGAAAGAGAGUCAAACAAAUGGUUCAAUAUAUUUACAAGAACACAAGCUACCCUGACCCGAUCUUGCUGAUGAAAAGUGCUAGAAAUAGUUGCUGGGCCAAAGAUUCUGAAUACGGACUCUAUUCUAUCUAUCAAGGGGGAGUAUUUGAACUUAAGGAAAAUGACCGGAUUUUUGUCUCUGUGACUAAUGAAAGUUUGAUUGACUUGGACCAAGAAGCUAGUUAUUUUGGAGUGUUUUUAGUUGGAUAAAUGACCUGUACAAGUAAAAGAA